CCCUUCCUCUGUCUCUCCAGGUCUUCGCAGUUGACUGAUGAGCAGCCAGUAGGACCGGGGUUGGCCUACACCGACUGGCAUAGAGGGUCAGCAGUGCCAGAAAAGACAAGAUUGGAGGACAGAAGACGUAGUUGCAGAACUGCUGGUGGUUGACUAGUGGUUAGCCUUUAGCAUACUUGUGGCAGCGUUGAGGAAGAAAAGAGGGCUUGGCGAUGGUCACAGCUAUGGACGAUUCCUGUCCCAAUGGGGUACGGGAGGAGGAGGAGGAGGAGGUGACGCCCCCGGGACAGGCUGGCGUGGAGGGGCCCCCGGCUGUGCAGUCCACCCAGGGAGCAGAAACGUCUGGAGCCAUGCAGCAGGUGUUGGAUAAUCUGGGUGAGCUGCCCACCUCCACGGGCGCCAAAGACAUCGACCUGCUCUUCCUGCGCGGCAUCAUGGAAAGUCCAAUUGCUCACGAGCAGCUGGAGGAGGUGAAGCUGGAAGCGGUGCAGGACAACAACGUGGAGCUGGUGACGGAGAUCCUGGGCGACAUCAGCAACCUGAAGGUUAAAGACGACAGCGCGGCCGAGCUGUCCAGGAUCCUGCAGGAGCCACACUUCCAGUCUCUUCUGGAGGCUCACGACAUGGUGGCCUCGAAAUGCUACGAAGUCCCGCCCCCUGCUGAGACGGCCAAUGAUGCGGCGGUGAACAGCGCUCUGAUGCAGGCCGAUGCCGUGCGCAUGAUCGGCAUCAGAAAGAAGGCCGGAGAGCCACUGGGUGUGACAUUUCGCGUGGAGAAGGACGACCUGGUCAUUGCUCGAAUCCUCCACGGCGGCAUGAUUGACAGGCAGGGCCUGCUCCACGUGGGAGACAUCAUUAAGGAGGUGAACGGGAAGGACGUGGGCAACAACCCCACCGAGCUGCAGGAGAUGCUCAAAGACUGCAGCGGAGGGAUCACGCUGAAAAUACUCCCGAGCUACCGAGACGCUCCCGCGCCCCCACAGGUGCAUGUGCGGCCAUACUUCGACUACAACCCGACCAAUGACAACCUGAUCCCUUGUCGAGAGGCGGGAAUGGCCUUCAAGAAAGGCGACAUUCUUCAGAUUGUCAACCGAGAGGAUCCAAACUGGUGGCAGGCGUGCCAUGUAGUGGGCGGAGCCACGGGACUGAUACCCAGUCAGUUCUUGGAGGAGAAGAGGAAAGCUUUUGUUCCCAGAGACUUUGAUGGAUCAGGAAUCCUUUGUGGCACCAUAGCGGGGAAAAAGAAGAAGAAGAUGAUGUAUCUGACAGCCAAGAAUGCAGAGUUUGACAGACACGAGCUGCAGAUCUACGAGGAAGUGGCGAAGGUGCCCCCGUUCCAGAGGAAGACGCUGGUUCUGAUUGGCGCCCAAGGAGUGGGCCGACGCAGCCUGAAGAACCGGCUGAUGGUCCUCCAUCCCACGCGCUUUGGCACCACUAUACCAUACACUUCACGGAGGCCCCGCGACGAAGAGCUGGACGGUAACUCCUACCACUUUACCUCGAGGACGGAGAUGGAGGUGGACGUGAAGGCCGGCCGCUUCCUGGAGCACGGGGAGUACGACGGCAACCUGUACGGCACAAAGAUCGAGUCCAUCCACGAGGUGGUCGCCACGGGACGCUCCUGCAUCCUGGAUGUCAACCCACAGGCUCUGAAGGUAUUGAAAACUGCCGAGUUCAUGCCUUACGUGGUGUUCAUCGCAGCGCCAGAUUUCGAUACUCUCAAGGCCAUGCACAAAGCCGUGGUGGACGCAGGCAUCACAACCAAGCAGCUCACGGACGUGGACCUGAGGAAGACGGUGGACGAGAGCGCCCGUAUCCAGAGGGCUUACAGCCACUACUUCGACCUGACCAUCGUCAACGACAACCUGGACAAGGCCUUUGAGACGUUACAGGCGGCCGUGGACAAACUGUGCAGUGAAGCCCAGUGGGUCCCGGUGAACUGGGUGUACUGAGGACCAGAGCUUCCACUGUCCCACUCUGAGUGGGUCAUCAUGACCCACCAGCAUGUGUGUGUGUGCGUGCGUGCGCGUGUGUAAGUGUGUGCGUUUCCGACCACAAAGGCCAAAGAAGAGGAGAAGAGCUCCGAGAUACUACUGCAAAAUAACACAAUUAAUGAAAUCUUCUUGCUCCUUCUCCUCUCGGGCCUGCACGCUGUGCAACUUUUUUUCUACUCAAAACUCAAAGGGAAAGAGUGCUUAUUUAUUUUAUAACUUUUUAUGAAAGAUCUUUCUAUUCAAUGUGUAAUUCCAGUGAGAAUGAAACAAAAAAAAAAAACGUCUUUGUCAUGUACGUGGGCCAUAUUUUUGCAUUAAUUUAUUGUUGUAGUUACGUGUCUUACUUGUAGUCGUUUCCAUUGAUGUCAAGUGCGUUCGUCCGUCUUCCUUCGUUGACACACAUGAUUCACGAUCGCCAUCCAAAGCUCCAGAACGAAGACAAGGAAAGGUGAUGGGUGUCUGUGAAGAUUCUCAGUCAUCCAGGUCAUGGUUAUUCUUGUAGUUUAAUCGUAGAAAACUAGACUUCCU